GUGGGCAUGGAGAGCCUCAGAGCUGCCUAGCUCGCCCGCUGCCGUGUCAGACGUGAUGACAGCUGCCUGUACCGAGACCCGCAGCGAGCCUGGACCGCCGGGACGGCCUCUGCUGCGUACAUGGCUUCCUGACGUUUGCGUGUAGUAGGCAACGUGGAUCUUUCCCCCCUCAGGAAAACAGAAUCCGCGCGGACCCUGACGCUGCCCAAAAGUUGUGAUCAGACAGAGAGAGAGGCAACUCCGCCACCACAUCACCAAACUAAAAGAAGUUGGAUAUCUACUCUGACCGGAUCUAACGGCCAAAAUUUAUAAUUCAUACACAACAAGAUAAAAGGUUAUGAGCCAUGGAAGCAGGAUCGCUGGUUCGCGCUAGGUUCGAGUUCCUCCCCAGCGUGUCGGAGGAGCUGCCGCUCUUCCCCGGUGACGUGAUCGAGGUAUUGAGUGUCGUGGAUGAGUUUUGGCUGCUUGGAAACAAAGAUGGCGUCACAGGUCAGUUUCCCAGCACCUUUGUGGAAGAAGUCACCAUUCCCAGCACCAAGCCUGGAGACAGACUGUAUGUGUGCAUCAAUGACUUCAGCUCAGGAGAGGCGGGGCACAUGUCCCUGAAAAGAGGGGAUGUGGUAGUUGGAGAAUCUGGGGGGACCAUGGCUUUUAGGGAGUCCUGGCAACGUGGCUGCAAUGCCUGGGGCACCCGUGGUUUCUUUCCCACGUCAUGUGUGAAGGAGCUGAACCUGUCAUGCCGCUCCAGGCAGCUUUCUGAGCGUUCGGCUCAGGCCCAGGCCUUGGAGCUCCCCCCUUACGCCCUUGGCCAAGCCCGAGCUCUGAUGAACCUCCAUGCGCAGCUAAAUGAGGAACUGGACUUCCGUGAGGGGGACUUGAUCAUCAUCACUGGUCAACCUGAGCCGGGUUGGUUCAUGGGCGAGUUGGAGGGCCGCAGAGGCCAUUUUCCAGAGGGAUUUGUGGAGCUUCUGGGUCCACUCCGAUCUCCUCGGGAGCCAGCUGACUUCCAUGAAGACCCUCAACAGUUCACCUCUGAAAACUCUUAUGACAUAGGAGUUGUUGAGGAAAAGAGUUUGGAAGAAGAGGUUUUUCUAACGGAAGAGGAAGAACAGAAGGACAUCUUCACAGAGGAACAACACAUAGAAGAAGAUGGCCUUUAUGGAGUGGCGUUGUAUGAAUUUCGGGCCAUGGAGCCAGGAGAGCUGGACUUUGAUGUGGGAGAUCGCAUUCGCAUUGUAAAUACUCUGGAAGAUGGUUGGCUUCAGGGAGAGCUUCAAGGACAGCUGGGUGUUUUUCCUCAUCGGUUUGUCAAAAUUGAGGACAACAGGCAAAAAAUGGAAGAGGGAACAAAUGUUGAAGCAGAAGAAGAAAAGGAGGAUGCAUGUUCUGAACAGAACUCCAUCCUUUUAUACCCCAAUGGAUCCAAUAAUGAACCUGAUGGUGGGAUGUAUGAAUAUCAAGAAGAUCAUACUGUGUGGGACUUGGACUAUUUUGAGAGAACUAAAGAGCAGGGUGGACAUGAUGUCAACAACAGUGUUGGGUUUCCAACCAGUAACAGAGCAGAGAAAGAUAGUGCCAACGGAUAUAACAGUCAGUUACAGAGACCAGAUCAAAAAGUCGCUGAGAGACCCAGAUCCACUCCUCCGGCAAGACCUAGACUCCCGCCACGGCCUAUCCUAAAUGCACACCACUCUAGACUACAUAUUGGCUCAACAGGAAGAACUGUGUCUAAUAGAAACGCAAAACUAUUACAGCCUAAACGUACUCAAAGCCUUACCCUUCCUGACGUUCAAUCUCAUUGGUCGACAGACGGUAGAGGUCAUCGGAAGCCAUCAAGGGACAAACCCACCAGCAUUGGUAAGACGUUGAUUAACAUUGCUGAAGCCCAUAAACAGCGGAGGCUUACUCGGACUGGUAGCGCAGGCAAUGCUGACAUGAUUAGGGGCGCCGAAGGGCCGAGGCCUUCAGGGACACGAAGCACCAGUGGGAUUCUUCCAACGUCUAUGGCCUUAGAAGCUCUUGCAAGUGUGGCCGGCGACCUGGAGUCCAAACUGUGCCAACAGCUCUGUGAGUUUGAGAAAAGCCUGACAGCGCCUUACAGCGACAUCUCUGGCCACGCCAAUGACUGGUCUGUCGUAGACUUGAACCAUCAGUCGGCUAUAUCACGCCAUUUUUCUAUACUGGAUUACAAGGACGAAAAGGACAUCAUUCGAGGUUCCUCACAGUCUUCUGCAUCCAAGAUCUCACCGUCGAGCACUUCCCUCUCUGAGAGACCCAGAACCCUCCGCCCUCCUCCGCCACGCCCCCGAACCAGACGUACCCCAGUCCCAGCUGCAUGCAGACCAAUGCGUCCCGCACCACGUCCUCCUCCUCCGUGCCCAAGACCAAACACAACUCCUCCAACCAACAACCCAGUCUACUAUAGUCCUGAUGAACCAGACGCUCAGGUCGUCACAGACGAUCAGGAAUCUGGUGACCUUGGAGACACCCAGGAACAUGAAGUCCAGAUGGAAGCAGAGCAGGAGAUGGAGUUGGACAAUGAGAGGCAGAGAGCUGAAGACGAAAGGGACCAACUGGUACAACGGCUGCAGGAGGUGGAACAUGACAUGGAGGAAUACUCGCGCACAGCGGAGGAACUCAGGGCGAUGUUGGAGGAGGAGGAAGAAGAGGGGGCCCGCAUGCAAGCCUUGGAAAAUCUGGAGUUCUGCAACUACACACUGGAGGCACUGGCCCGUGAGCAGCAGCAGCUGCAGCUUCAAGAGAUGACGUUUCUGUCGUCUCAGCCCAAACCUUUGGAUUCCACUCCGGCGUCGGACAUGUCUUCCAGCUCCAACACCAGCUCGGACAAUCCGGAGCAGAGGAUGCUGGAGAAGAGGAACAAGGUGAUCGAGGAGCUGCUGCAGACUGAGAAGGACUACAUCAAAGACUUGAAUAUGUGUGUGGAGGAAAUCAUCGAGCCUCUGCAGGAGAAGCAGGUGAAGAACAUGGACUUCAAUGGACUUUUUGGAAACAUUACCAGCGUGAUUGAGUUGUCCCAACGCCUCUAUGAUGAACUGCAGGAGACAGACUCCAUCGGAAAAACAUUUCUGGACUUUAGAUCUCAGAUGGAAGAGGUCUACAAGCUGUACUGCCAAAACCACGACGAUGCUAUUUCACUGCUGGAGAGCUACGAGAAGGAUGAAGGCAUCCAGCGCCACGUUCUGGAGUGUCUGGAGCGGCUGAGAGCCAUUUACCGAAACUGGGGCAAAGCAAACUACAUCAACCUGGGCUCGUUCCUCAUUAAGCCGGUGCAGCGGGUGAUGCGGUACCCUCUGCUGCUGACCGAGCUCCUGGGGGCCACUCCAGAGAGCCACCAUGACAGACUACAGCUCACUAAAGCUGUGCAGGUCGUCAAAGAGAUCAACGUGAACAUUAACGAGUACAAGCGCAGGAAGGAUCUGGUGAUGAAAUACAGAAAAGGGGAUGAAGACACGUUCAUCGACAAGAUCUCCAAGCUGAGCAUGCACUCCAUUAUUAAGAAAUCCAACCGUGUCAGCAGCCACCUCAAGCAGCUCACAGGAAUGGCACCUCAGUUUAAGGAUGAAGUGUUUGAUGAGGCUGAAAAGAAGUUCAGACUGCAGGAGAGACUGAUCAAGACGUUUAUCAGAGACAUUUCCUUAUAUCUGCAGCAUUUAAGGGAAUCUGCCUCGGUCAAAGUCUUGGCAGCCAUCAGUUUCUGCGACAUCUACAACGAGCGCAGUUUGAUGGACCCCGAAUGUUUUCAGAGAGCUCACCGCUGCAUCAGCGACAGAAAGUUCACCCAGUUUAAGGAACGCACAGAAGCUCUGGUCAUCAACCCGCUGACUCAGCUGCUCGCCAUGUUUGCCGGGCCUUACAAACUCAUCCAGAAACGCUUCGACAAGCUGCUGGACUACGACAACUGCAAGGAGCGAGCUGAGCGCCUGAAGGACCGCCGCGUCCAGGAGGAGCUGCGGGCGGCACGCAAUAACUACGAGGCUCUGAACGCUCAGCUUCUAGACGAGCUGCCGAAGUUCCUCCAGACCGCAGAGGAGAUGUUCCUAGGCUGCGUUACGGCCUUCGCUCAGGCCCAGAAAGACUUCAUGAGGACGACGAUGGAAGAACUGAAGCCGCUCCUGCAGCAGUUUUCAAACAAAGGGGCAACGAGUGGAAACCUAAUCGCACAGUUUCAGGAGGAGUACAACUGCGUCCUCCGACUGCUCCAAAGCUUCAGCUUCUGCCCCGAAAACCUGCCUCUCACCACGUCCACAAAAAAGCCAGUGGAGAAGAAAACUCUGGACAAACAGACCUCCAAAAAGCAGCUUCAAGGACCUCCUAACUGCAGCCUGCAGACAGAUGAGCACCGGACGGCGCUGCUCGUGCGCUACGGCCCCGAGAACCUUUUCCAGGCUGAGAGGAACUUCAACGCCGCCCAGGAUCUGGAUAUUUCCAUACAGGAGGGGGAUCUUGUGGGCGUGAUCAAGCAGCAGGACCCCAUGGGGAGCCAAAACCGCUGGUUGAUUGAUAACGGAGUUACAAAGGGGUUUGUGUACAGCUCUUUUCUCAAACCCUACAACCCGCGCAGGAGCCACUCGGACGUGUCCAUUGAGAGCCAGUCCUCCAAUGAGUCCGGUUAUGGCGGCUCCUCCCCCGUUUUCUCCCGCCAGAACAGCAGCAGCACCCUGACCUUUAACCAGGAUACGGCCACCGUCAGCUUUUCCACCACCCAGCCCCAAAGCCAGUCGUCCCCACACCCGUCUCUGGACUCCGCCUCCUCUCGCAGGAGCCAGCCCCGGGACGCGCUCGAUUCCGGCAGCCAGAGCAACUCCAUGAGCUCCUCGCCCCAAAUUCGCUCAGACCGCAGAGACCUUUCAGAGCAGAAACGCAGAAACUCUCCCAGCCGCAGAGACGCUGAGCCUCGGUACCGGAGCUCAGGCGGAAACAGAGACUCCUACGAUACCAGCUACGGAAGUGGAAACAAGGAUACAUCCGACUUCUCCGAGACGGAUUCGUAUUCCUCUCAAAGAAACGGUCGCUCCCAGCGGUAUGACCGUACAGAGAAAAGUUACAGCUCCACCCGGUGGAGAAAUGCAGACAGACGGCAAAAGAAGCCUGGUUACACCAAAGAGGACUACAUUGAGCCUAAGCCAGAACCAGAACCCAACGAUGAACCAGACAGCCAUCAAAUUUAUUACGCCCUCUACUCCUUCACCGCUCGCUGCCCCAACGAGCUGAGCAUAUCAGCCAAUCAGCGUCUGCGGAUUCUGGCGUUUCAGGACUUGAACGGCAACGCGGAAUGGUGGCUCGGGGAGGCGGGAGGCCAGCAGGGAUACGUGCCUUCCAACUACAUCCGCAAAUCAGAGUACACAUGAGCCCACCACAGGAAUGCAGCAACGAUGGGACAAAACAAACUGCAACCUCUUUAGGAGUUUUGACAGGAUGAUAUGCUCAUAUUUAUAUCUUUUCUUUAAAAAAAUUCACAUUAUUUUUACAUCCUCCCUUUCGCUACAACAAAACCCUGUGAAUUGCCAUAAAGUCUGAGCCUGAAGACAGUGGAAAUCCUGACUUUUGUAAACUUUGGCCUUUCGGGAGAUUGCAAUAGAAAUGUGAACGUUUUCAGUCCAGCAUUCCUUGGAUAUGAGAUGAAAUGCAGUUCUGCUGGGACACAAUCCAGGCUUGAAGCACUUACUGCAGGGCGGUGUGGCAGGAGUCUGCACAGCCCUCUGCAGCAGUUCAGAGUGUUGGAUGAAGGAAAUCAGGACAAUUUUGUUCAUAAAAUAUGGUUUACAAGCACUAUUUUUUUUUUUAACCAAAAAAACUCUGUAAGCAACUAGAGGAGGUGGACAAACAGUGAAGAAAGUUUGUGUGGUUUACCUCCAUCCUUUGUACAUUAAGGACUACAUAGUGCUGUAUAAUGAAAUAUGAUCUUGCACCCUGAUAGAGUGAUCACUGUUUGAGUAUUAAAAUGAAGAAAAUUGA